UUCCUGCUCUACCGCGACGAGACGCUCACCUACGCGCAGGUGGACCGGCGCAGCAACCAAGUGGCGCGGGCGCUGCGCGACCACCUCGGCCUGCGCCAGGGAGACUGCGUGGCGGUUUUCUUGGGCAAUGAGCCGGCCUUCGUGUGGCUGUGGCUGGGGCUGGCCAAGCUGGGCUGUGCCAUGGCGUGCCUCAACUACAACAUCCGCGCCAAGUCCCUGUUGCACUGCUUCCAGUGCUGCGGAGCGAAGGUGCUACUGGCCUCGCCAGAACUACAAGAAGCUGUUGAAGAGGUGCUGCCAAGCCUGAAGAAAGAUGAUGUGUCCAUCUAUUAUGUGAGCAGAACUUCCAACACAGAAGGGGUUGACUCUUUCCUUGACAAAGUGGAUGAAGUCUCAACCGAACCUGUCCCAGAUUCCUGGAGGUCUGAAGUCACGUUCUCCACGCCUGCCUUAUACAUUUAUACUUCUGGAACCACAGGUCUCCCAAAAGCUGCAAUGAUCAAUCACCAUCGCUUAUGGUAUGCAACCGGCCUCAGUCUUAUAAGCAGGGUUACGAAAGAUGAUAUCAUCUAUACCACUCUGCCCUUGUACCACAGCGCUGCGCUUAUGAUUGGCUUACAUGGAUGCAUCGUGGCUGGUGCCACUCUAGUUUUGCGGAACAAAUUUUCAGCCAGCCAGUUUUGGGAUGAUUGCCGAAAAUACAACGUCACUGUCAUUCAGUAUAUCGGUGAACUGCUUCGGUAUUUAUGCAACUCACCCCAGAAACCAAACGACCGUGAUCACAAAGUGAGAGUAGCCAUGGGAAAUGGCUUGCGAGGAGAUGUGUGGAGAGAAUUCAUCAAGAGAUUUGGGGACAUUCACAUUUAUGAGUUCUAUGCUUCCACUGAAGGCAAUAUCGGCUUUGUGAAUUAUACGGGAAAAAUUGGCGCUGUUGGAAGAGCAAACUACCUACAGAGAAAAGUUGUAUCUUAUGAGCUGAUUAAAUAUGAUGUGGAGAAAGAUGAGCCUGUCCGAGAUGAAAAUGGAUAUUGCAUCAAAGUUCCCAAAGGUGAAGUUGGACUCCUAGUUUGCAGAAUCACAGAACUUACACCAUUUAGUGGCUAUGCUGGAGGAAAAUCUCAGACAGAAAAGAAAAAACUGAGAGAUGUCUUUAAGAAAGGAGAUGUCUAUUUCAACAGUGGAGAUCUCUUAAUGAUUGACCAUGACAAUUUCGUCUACUUCCACGACAGAGUUGGCGAUACAUUCCGGUGGAAAGGAGAAAAUGUGGCCACCACUGAAGUUGCUGACACACUGGGACUGGUUGAUUUUGUCCAAGAAGCAAAUGUUUAUGGAGUGCCUGUGCCAGGUCACGAGGGUCGAAUUGGCAUGGCCUCGAUCAAGAUGAAGGAAGGCCAUGAGUUUGAUGGAAAGAAGCUCUGUAAGCACAUUGCCGACUACCUGCCUAGCUAUGCAAGGCCCCGGUUUCUAAGGAUACAGGACACCAUUGAGAUCACUGGAACUUUUAAACACCGCAAAGUGACCCUCGUAGAGGAGGGCUUCAACCCUGCAGUCAUCAAAGAUGCCUUGUAUUUCUUGGAUGACAAAGCAGCAAUGUAUGUGCCUAUGACUGAGGACAUUUACAAUGCCAUACGUGCUGAAACUAUGAAACUCUGAAUAUUUCCAGAAAGAAACUGAAUGGAUCCAACUUUAAUUUGAUUGAAGAUUGUGGGGUGCAUUUUUCAUGCAUACCAAUAAAGGGAGACUUUUCUAAAUUACACCUACACUUUUGCAAGUGAAAAGACUUAGAGAUCAUUAUUUUUCAGUGUGCCCCUACUGUUUGUAUUUGCAAACUAAGCUUGUUAGAGGGAGGGGAGGAAGGUGUGUUUUUUUUAAUAUGUAAUAAAAUAGAUGACUGCCAGCAUAUGAAAUGG